AUGGUGUUUCUGUGGGACGCGAAAUACGACCCAGCCCCCGGGCGCCGCUACACUCCCCCCUCCACCACGCUCUCAUCUGGGGGAAAGAUGACCGAAGCGCUGCCUCUCGGGGCGCAGGAGCCUGGAGGAGGGAACGCACAAGUCACCAAGUUCAGCAUGGCGGGCCGAGGAGUACUGCAGGUGAUCUCGGACCACUCUGGGGAGCUGGUGAAGACGGACAGCCCAAACUUCCUCUGCUCCGUUCUGCCCACGCACUGGAGAUGCAACAAGACCCUGCCCAUCGCUUUUAAGGUCAUCGCUUUGGGAGACAUACCAGACGGGACUUUGGUCACAGUGAUGGCGGGAAACGAUGAAAACUACUCGGCUGAGCUCCGGAACGCUACGGCAGCCAUCAAGGGACAAGUGGCUCGAUUCAACGAUUUGAGAUUCGUCGGACGGAGCGGGCGAGGUAAAAGCUUCACUCUGACCAUCACAGUUUUUACAAAUCCUCCUCAAGUCGCCACGUAUCAAAGAGCCAUCAAGAUCACAGUGGACGGCCCUCGCGAGCCCAGACGGCACCGGCAGAAGCUGGAUGAGGUGAAGCCCGGGACACUGGCGUUCUCGGAGCGUCUGACGGAGCUGGAGCAGUUACGCCGCAGUUCAAUGAGAGUCACCCCUCCUCAUCAUCACCACCAUCAUCAUUAUCACCACCAGCAAGCCUCCAACAGGCAGAACGCAGCCCUGAACGCAGCCUCCUUCUCCAGCCCCACGCACUCACAGAUCACAUCAGCCUCUCUCACUUCCCUUCAUGUGGCUUGGGUCUCGGGUCUGUGCGGUCUCUGUGGUCCCGCAAGGCUCCGGAUGGGCCCCGGUUCCUCUUCUGCUUUUGGGGCUGUAGUGACGACGAUCUGGAAGGGCUCACACCCACGGCAGAUGCAGUCCUCUCCCUCCUGGUCCUAUGAUCAGUAUCCGUACCUGGGACAGAUCACUUCCUCCACGGUGCACUCAGCCAACCCCCUGUCGCCGGGACGGUCCUCCCUGGAGCUCUCCUCGCGGCUCUCCGGCCCGGACCUCACGGCCUUCAGUGACCCACGCGUGACCAUCGAGCGCCCAUUUUCCUCGCUACCCUCGCUCCCAGACUCACGCUUUUCCGACCCACGCGUGCACUAUCCGCCUACCCCCACCGCAUUCACCUACAGCCCCGCCCACAACACGGUCUCCAACGGCGCCCUGGGCAUCGGCCGCUACCACACGUACCUUCCUCCGCCAUACUCCACCUCCACCCCUCACCAGACGCAGAAUGGACCGUUCCAGUCCACCCCCUCGCCGUACCACCUUUACUACUCCACAGGCUCGUACCAGUUCUCCAUGAUGGCGGGGGGAGAGCGAGCAGUGAAUGGAGACUCUCGGUCCCCGCCACGGAUCCUGCCCCCCUGCACCAGCGCCUCCACAGGCUCCGCCCUCCUGCACCCCUCGCUGCCCAAUCAGAGCGAGGGCAUCGGCGUGGAGGUGGAGUCCAGCCACAGCUCCUCCCCUUCCAACAUGGCCGCCGCUGAAGCCGUGUGGAGGCCGUACUAA